AUGGAGGUUCGACCAUCCAAUCCACAUCCUCUGGGACUCCGGUACAGCGUUGUCGAUUUCGACAAUUAUCCCGGUUCCUUGCAGUUUCAGCUUCAUCAGCCAAAGGAUUCCCUAGGCGCAGGCACAGCCUAUAACGCAGCCAUGGAAGAAUCGAAACCGGACUGUUCGGGAUUGCUUUCGGUACACCAAUACCGGCAGAGUCUCUGGCAGGAUGACGAGAGCUGCAGUUCAGAUGGCUAUGGCGCGAAGGCGCUGCAGCGCAGCAACGGUGCUUCUAAUCCCAACCAGGCGUCCUCUGUGUCAGCGACGUCAAGUCCGCCGCCCCUCUCUCCUUCAUACUCAUUAAGUAUUGCGUCGCAGCGCAGUGAACAGGAACUAGAAGUUCCACGAGCAUCUAGUCCCCAAAUGGCGCAUUCGGAGUUUCCAAUUCGCAGGAAAGUCUCAAAUAGACUUAAUACCUUCCGCGAUAGGUUAAGGAAACCAUCUCUCACCCGAGAAUCGUCAUUCCGCAGCAGCCAUACAAAGACGCGAUCAGAUUCGGGCCUUAUGGACCUGAAACAGGCCAAGGCGACAAUGGUGCACCAGGGAACGUCGUUUGAGAUACUGAACCCGCAUGAAUCGCUCAACUUUGCCCGUAUCGUUUCUUACAUCGAAGAUGUGGAUAUGGAUGACUUCUCACGUGCUUCGUCAGAUUAUAAACGGGAGUCGUUCUUAUCUGCAAGUACAAUCAACACGAAAGUCUUGAAGUCGGAGAAAGAGAUAGCGCUAUCAGUUGAGGUACCAGAUAACGGCGGUUCAGAAACAAACGGCGAUCAUACUGGCAAUGAAGAGGCGCAGGUACAUUCAGAUCUUGUGGGCGAACCACCUCAUACACCAAUGCCGUCAAUCUCGGAGCGUUUAGAGAGCAACGAGGAGGGUGCAUCAAAUCAUGGACUGCGUUCCGAAACACCAGAGUCCAGCAACCUGGGUGAACCAGGACCGUGCGAAGAGGAUGGUGUUGUUAUCAUUGAACCAGAGCAAGUCUCCAACACACCGAAACAAGAUACUCCCAUCGCACCGAAGCAAGCUCCUUCCAACGUACCCAAGCAAACGCCUUCCAAUAAACCAGAGCCAAAACCUCCCAUCCAGAAGCGUUUCUACCCGGAAGCAUGGUCAUUAAGUAUGUACGACGACGGACCCGCAUCUGGGCUUAGGGCUCAGGCUCAGGCUCAGCCCCGCCCGAUAAUUCAUCAUCAGAUAUCUGCACUGACGGAGAAACCAAAACGGAACGGUGCAUUUAGUCGAAUACGAGCUGUAAUCCGUUUACCAUUUUUUCGGCGGAAGAGAGAUAGUUUGGGCCGGUGGUGA